GGGGAAGGGUGUGAGCGGGCAAGCGGCAUGAACGGUGAUGGCUCAUGGGAGCUGCGACAGGGCGAGCGGCAGCAGCAGAAGGCCCGAAGGCAGGGGCGGCGGCAUGACGACAAGGGCGACCAAGGGGGGAAGGAGCUGAGGAGGGACGCGGGCGGUGAUGAUGACACCGGUGAUCUCCGCUGCAGCUGCACCACCACCAGCAGCAGGAACAGCAGGAACAGCUGGGAUAACAACAACAACAGCGCGAGCGGCCGCAGUGACAACGAUGAUGGCAACAACAGCAACGCCAGGGCUGGUGCUAGGAACACCACCACCACCACCACCCAUUUUACCACCAGCACCACCACCACCACCAGCAGGAACAGCAUGGACAACACUGACAACAACAGCUGGUCGGAUCUUGGAUCUGGUUUAGCAGCGCUGUACGGCACACCUCGCUACCGGGCCCACAUGGCGGGGGUGGGGGUGUCGCUGUUUGAGUUUGCGGUGGAGCGAGGCUGGACCUACACCGCCGAGCUGCUGGUACGGCAGCUGCGGGCCGCGGGCCUCAGCUGGCGGGAGCUGCUGGAGCGCUGCGGGGGUGGGGUUGGAGGUGCCGAAAGCGGCAUCAUCAACAGCAGCAGCAGUAGCAGGAAGGCGAGUGCUAGCGGUUGCUACAACAUCGACGUCACAACGGGUAGUGUUGACGGCAGUGACGAAUCAAGCACCCACCGCCGCCUGCCCAUCAGCCACCCAAAUCGCAGCACAGGGCAGCGGCGAUGCGGAGAAGAAGACCACAGGAUGGCCCCCAGGCAGCACCACCAGCACCACCAGCACCACCAGCACCAACACCAACACCAGCAGCGCCUCCCACGCCUCCGCCCCCCCGGGGCAGCCACAUGUCGGUGGUGGCCUCCGCCCUCCUCGCAGCAGCAGCAGCAGCAGCCCGGCGGGCGCGGGUGCGGGGCUGCGGUGGCUGGCGGGCGCGAUGGGGGCCGCGCUGCUGUCUCCCUGGCGGGGGGAGCGGGGGGCGGAGGCGGCGUACGUGCGGGCGGUGGGGGCGCGGUGCGCGCUGUGGCACUGCUGCUACCUGGUGUACCAGAUCUCCGCCGUCAUCGCGGUGCUGGGCCGCGCGCUCAAGGAGGGUCGCCCCCACGAGCUGCCCUGCCUGCUGCUUUUCUCCGCUCCACACGCCCUCUCCUCCGCGCUGCUGUGCGGCCACUUCGCGGGGUGGCUGCGGCUGCGGGAGCCGCUGGCCGCCGCCACCACCGGCAUGCGGGCGCUGCUGAAGCUGGCGGCGGCGGUGCGGCUGCUGCCGUACGCGCAGGUGUCACCCAAUUACGUUGGCUGGGGCAUGGAUGUUAUGUGCGAGGGAGUGCUGCCGGCGCUGUUCGAGCAGGCGCGGGCGCCGCUGGUGCUGCCGCUGCGCGCUCUGGAGGGGCUGGCCACCGGGCUGCACUACAUGCGGCUGCAGGCGGCGGCGGGGGGGGGCGGCAGUGGCGGCGGCAUGCGGGGAGGGCUGGGCGGCCUGGGGGGGGCAGUGGAGGAGGAGGGCCCCGCAGCAGCAGGGGCGCUGCUGUUGUACGCGUUGAGUUGGACGCUGGGUUGCGGGCUGCUGACGGUGGCGCUGGAUGCCGUACAGCGAGCUCAGUUUAGGAACGAACAGCAGCAGGAGGGGC